GGUGUGGAGAUGCUGUGGAGGGCUGCGCUGCUGGUGCGCAAAGAGAUUCUCCGUCCUUCUCCCCACAGAGUGGAAACUGGAUAUGCAGCCGGAGCUCCGGGGGUGUUCCCAGUGUCUGCGUCUUGGAAGUUGUGGCAUUCAAACAGUUUCCACUUUAACCCUCAGUAAAAGCCUCAUAGAUGCGAUUUCUCUGCGCGCCUUCGUGGGUUUGGUUCACUGAGAGCCACCAGAAGAAGAGACAUGGCAGUGGCGAAUAUGGUGUUCUCUGACGUGGAAAGUUUCUUGGACUCGCAUCCCGAGUUAUUCGAGGACUACCUGAACAGAAAGGGGAAUUAUAGCAUGGUGGAGAAAUGGCUCAAGAACCACCACCAGGCGAGCAAAAGUCCGGUGGCGGCUGCGGCUCCUGGCGCCGAGACGAGGGAGGAGAAGAGCGUCACGGGUAAGGACAGCAGCUGGGCGAGCAAAUGCGACGGGCUGCAGCGGAGAGCCUCGCAGAGGGAGCUGCGCAAAACUUUCGCCAGGUCCAAGGCCAUCAACGUGAACAGGACAUAUGACGAGCACGUCAACUCCAGGGCCCAGGAGCCGCUGACGAGCAUGAGGAGAAGGGCUCUGCUGAGGAAGGCGAGCUCCUUGCCCCCGACCACUGCGCACAUCCUGAGCGCACUGCUGGAGUCCAGAGUCAACAUCCCCCAGUACCCGUCCACAGCCGUGGAUUUCAAAUAUUACCUCAAAGAACACAACGAGAGGGAGUUUUUCCUGGAGCUUGUAAAAGACAUAUCCAACGAUCUGGAUCUAACGAGCCUCAGCUACAAAAUCCUCGUGUUUGUUUGUAUUAUGGUGGAGGCGGACCGGUGCUCCUUGUUCUUAGUGGAGGGGACCGGCAACAAGAAGACACUUGUGUCCAAAUUCUUUGACGUGCACGCAGGAACCACAGUUUUACCCUCGAUGAAUUCUGACGAAGUUCAGGUUCCUUGGGGGAAAGGGAUCAUUGGAUACGUGGCCGAGCACGGAGAUACCGUGAACAUCCCUGACGCUUAUCAGGAUCGUCGGUUCAGUGAUGAAAUCGACAAGCUGACAGGCUACAAAACCAAGUCGCUCCUCUGCAUGCCCAUUCACAACAGCGACGGAGAGAUCAUUGGAGUUGCUCAGGCCAUCAACAAGAACUCAAAUGGAGAACUCUUCAAUGAAGAUGAUGAAAAGGUGCUGCAGAUGUACCUGCCAUUUUGUGGUAUCGCAAUCUCCAAUGCUCAACUCUUCGCAGCCUCAAGGAAGGAGUAUGACAGGAGUCGGGCACUCUUGGAGGUUGUCAAUGACUUGUUUGAAGAGCAGACUGACCUGGAGAAGAUUGUCAGGAAGAUCAUGCACCGUGCCCAGACCUUGCUUAAGUGCGAGCGCUGCUCUGUUCAAUUGCUGGAGGAUAUUGAGUCACCGGUGGUAAAGUUCACCAAGUCAUUUGAGCUGCUGUCUCCUAAGUGCAGUGCAGACACUGAAAACAGUUUUAAAGACAGUAUGGAGAAAUCCUCUUACUCAGACUGGCUCAUCAACAACAGCAUUGCGGAGCUGGUUGCCUCCACAGGACUCCCUGUGAACAUUAGCGACGCCUAUCAGGAUCCUCGCUUUGAUGCUGAGGCAGACCAGUUCUCGGACUUCCACAUCCGCUCUGUGCUUUGUGUUCCGAUAUGGAACAGCAAUCACCAAAUCAUUGGUGUCGCUCAAGUGCUGAACAGGCUCGACGGGAAACCAUUUGAUGAUGCAGACCAGCGUCUCUUUGAGGCAUUUGUGAUCUUUUGUGGACUGGGCAUCAACAACACCAUCAUGUACGACCAGGUGAAGAAGUCUUGGGCCAAACAGUCCGUGGCUUUGGAUGUGCUGUCUUACCAUGCCACUUGCUCCAAGACUGAAGUUGACAAAUUCAAGGCUGCUAACAUCCCCCUGGUUUGCGAGCUGGGCAUCGACAAGCUUUCCUUUGACGAUUUCUCUCUGGAUGUCGACGCCAUGAUAACAGCCGCUCUUAGGAUGUUCAUGGAGCUGGGAAUGGUGCAGAAAUUCAAGAUUGACUAUGAGACACUGUGCAGAUGGCUGCUGACUGUCAGAAAAAACUACAGAAUGGUCCUUUACCACAACUGGAGACACGCUUUCAACGUCUGCCAGUGCAUGUUUGCCAUGCUAACGACGGCGGGCUUCCAGGAGACUCUGACAGAGGUGGAGAUCUUAGCGCUCAUAGUCGGCUGUGUGUGCCACGACUUGGACCACAGAGGCACUAAUAACGCUUUUCAGGCAAAGACGGGCUCAGCACUCGCUCUGCUUUAUGGGACCUCUGCUACACUGGAGCACCACCACUUCAACCACGCUGUUAUGAUCCUGCAGAGUGAGGGUCACAACAUCUUCUCCAACCUGUCGUCCACAGAGUACGGGGACCUCAUGCAGCUGCUCAAACAGUCCAUUCUGGCCACAGACCUCACGCUCUACUUUGAGAACAGAAACACGUUCUUUGAGCUGGUCAGCAAAGGAGAAUACAACUGGAAUGUAAAGGCUCAUAGGGACAUGUGCAGGUCCAUGAUGAUGACAGCGUGUGAUCUCGGUGCUGUCACUAAACCUUGGGACAUUUCACGCAAGGUGGCAGAGUUGGUGACCAGCGAGUUCUUCGAGCAGGGCGACAGAGAGAGAUCUGAGCUGAAGCUCACACCCUCUGCCAUCUUUGAUCGGAACAGGAAGGACGAGUUGCCGGGGCUACAGCUGGAGUGGAUUAAUGGAAUUUGCGCGCCGCUGUACGAGACUCUGGUCAAGUUGAAUCCCAAACUCCAGCCGAUGCUCGACAUGAUCAGAGCGAACAGGGACAAAUGGGAGGAACUGAACAAGAAGAGACAACGUGGCCAGAGCGUGUCUGCGCCCGCCAGCCCUUGCAGCGGCGACGGCGCAGAAACCAGUGGCUGCACUGUGGCUAAAACUGGCAGCUCACCCUGCUGCAGCGGUGGCGAUGCUGACGGCACAACAUCCAAACCUGUUAGUUAGCUUCUGUCGCCACCUGCGAGCUGAUCUCUUAGGCUUCUUUCCUCUUAAAUGCAGCCUGCAACAGAGGCAGUGCAGUGCAUGCAGAGGUUGUUGGGCUCUGCUCCUCUUCGCUUUUGCUACUAGAGAUGGGCUUUAGACUUGAGUGCAGCGCUAUCAUAGAGGUUUUUCUGCCCCCUUCAGUCUUCCCAUGUGCUGAGGGCUGACAGAGUUGUGUUUGGCAAGCUUGUCGGAGCAGCCACGAAUCAGCCGGUGACACCAUGUCAGAAAGGAAACUCAAAGCACUGUGUCAACAUGUCAACCAGUGAGCUAACUCAAACUAUUCUGGGCAUUGCACACAAAAAGGCAUGAAGAAUAUCGCAGCGGAACCUUCGCCUCUGCUGUGGUUGGUUUUUAGCUCUCUGUACCUCCUCGUUGCUCACAUUUUGUCCGAGGUGACAGAGAUAUGUUUUUGUAAAUUUGUACAUAGGCAGUUGAGUUAAGUGCUGUUUGAAAAGGCUCUGGAUUGUUUGGCUUUCGAGUCUCUGAAGGAGAAAGCGGUGCAGGAACAGCAGGACCUGUGACAGUGCUUGCAAUGCAAAUUGAGUGCUCCGCCCCCCCCUUCCUGUGCCUUGUUUUAAGAUCCUAAUGAAAAAUGCAUGGCCUCCUCACCUAGAUUCUUAGAUAGUAUGGAAAUCCAUGUUGAACCAUGACGUUGUGUUUCUUUUGCCAGAAUUUGUAAAACCAAUGACUGCAGCUGUUGUCUCCCCAUGUUAGCCACGAUGCACUGACAUUAUAUACGUAUGGAAAUCUAUUUUGCCCAGUUUUAUUAUGCAGGGUUUCACUUGUCACA